AUUAUGCGACAGUGGACACUAUGGAACAAAUAUCGAGUAAGUUUGAACAUUUAUGGUUAGCUGCAGAAAUGCAAAGUGUUCGCCAGUGUUCAGUACUAAAACUAUAACGAUAUGCUACAUAUGCCUAUGUUCACCGACAUGUGUGAAUUAAGUGCCACAAUUUGACACCUGAUUUGUACAUAAAAUAAAACCCUUUUUAUCCAAAGUCAAUCCGACAAGUGAGGAUCGACUUUGCUCUCUUUUUUAAUCCGUCACCGCAACAAACAUGCAGCAAUUAGUUCAUUGCACCUCGAAAAAUUUCCAACCCUUUUAAGCACAAUGCAUUCAUUCGGGGAAACCAAAGUGGAAAAAAUAAAGUCUUUUUCCUUUGUAAACUUGUAAUGUUGCAGGUGUUCCAUUAUGUAUGCGACAUUAAAAAACCAACGACCCAAUAUUCCAGUCUAAAAUUAGUAUACAUGUCUUGAUGUUUUGAAGGUUCGGGAAGAAUAUGAAGUAGUUGUGAUUUGCAUUUAAUACGAGACAGUCCAGUUUUUAGGAGCUAUUUAUUUUACUUACAAAAUGAUAUCUGUAGUAUUUACUCAAAUUGUUAGAAAUUUACUAAUUCUCGUUCUAGUUUUACUCUUCUCAUCGUACAAUGCUGUGCAUAGUCAUGGAUUUGAAAUCCUUGAAGUCUUUGAAAACGACUCCUCCCCUGCGGAAGCCAGGUUGCACCCACAACAACCCAACUUCCUGCUUGAAAUAGAGCUGAGCACAUGCACUUGUCGCGAUGACAAGAGUGAGUGUGGUAUCGGAAUCGCCAAAUCUACCGUGUUGGAAAUACCAUGCCAACCCAAUGAACUCUACUGUUGCUCCGGGAGACAGGAGCCGGCCUUCUCCUCAUCCUUGCUACCAAACUCUAGUGAUGCUGGGGAAGAAAAUAGCCGAAGUUUUCACUCGGUCAUUACCUCCUAUUCCGACCAACUUCUCGACCCCACCUCCCCCAUGAACAAUAGAGACGAUGAGGAAGAAAACGAUGACGAUUUAUUAUCCCUAGAUGACUCUGACCCGGAUUAUGUCCCCAUUGAUAAGACUGACACGCCCCCCAACCAUCGCAUAGUCCCCAUCCUUCAAACCGAACCCUUACUACCCUUCGAUUCUUUGGAAGAAUUCAGCUCCAGCUCCAGCACCCUCCGACCAAAUAUGCAAUGCCGGUGCAAACAUUUUGAUUCAUGCCCUCAAAAAUAUCUAGACCUUCGCUACCAGGUGACCAACUGCCCCUUCAAUACGACCAGGUGCUGCGAGCCGGAAGUGGGUGCAAAAGAAACUUUCACGGCGCAAGACGUCUCCUCUCGUCGACACGACGAAGAAGAAGAGGAAGAAAAAAAUGGACAAAAAACCUGCGUUUGCUUACCGAGAACACAAUGUGGCAGGGGAGAUCUGAUGGACUGGAGGUUGGAAGAGGGGCAGCCGUGUCCGGGGGGAUUGGCGCAGUGUUGUCGAGAAGGCGAUGACCCUACCGCAUCCGACUCGUCGCCACCGAUUCCUCUUCCAGAGGUCAAAAUCCCCCUGACAGAGGAAAUUACUUCCUACGAUGACAACAGAGAUCAACCCGUCGUACAGUCUCCAGUCCUCCCGAUCUACUACGAUUACCACGGGCAGGGAAAACACUCUGGUUACUAUUAUCCACCCCAGGCACGCCCCCAGCCCCAGUGGAACGACUACCAACAAUACAACCGUGCACCCCCAGUGGAACUCCCUCGCGCAAUUAACUCUAACUCUGACUCUCUCUUCAAUAAAAUCGCCAAAAUUAUUGGAUAACUUUUACUCGUGAUACAACUUUAUUUUCAUUCUUCUCCCUUAAAACUCUUUCUUUCUUUACAGAAUCACAUUUCUUAUUAGUUUCUAAGUAAAGAAUAAAUAUAACUCUAAAUAUUGUAUUUAUAUUUCAAUUUUAAUCACGACGACAAAUAAUAGAAAAUUCGACUUAUUUAAGAAAAAUUAAAAUAGUAUAUAACUAUAAUUAUUUAAUUCGGUGACAACUAUGUAUCUACAAAGUAAUUAAUGAAUUAAAAGCACAGCAUAGUUUUUAACAUGUUCCUGUAUAAAAUUAACCCAUAAGUCAUUAUUAAAUAUAAACAGUUUACUUAAUUGUUGUUCAUCAUCAUCACAGUA